AUGGCCGCGCGAUCUGUGUGGCGCGCCAAAACGAAGCUGCUUUUGGCAGCCACUGCGGCCGGUGGAGCCGGCACCGGCGCGGCUAUGAUUGCCAACUCAGAGGACCCUGCCUCAGCCGUGAAGCUCUGCACCGCCGUCCCUCUCCGCAUCCUCCGUGACUCCAUCACUGCCGCCACGAUUGCUUUCGAUUAUAAAUACUCUCUCUGGGGCUUGCCCGAGGGUAGCACUGAGAGGACAAGAGUUAAAUCUGAAGUUCAUGCCAGGAGUGCACUUAGGCUUCAAGAACUUUGUUUUAAAAAUGGUGGAAUAUAUAUCAAGCUUGGUCAACAUAUUAGUCAGCUGGAAUACUUAGUGCCUGCUGAGUAUGUCCAGAUAAUGAGAGAGUCAAUGUUGAAUAGGUGUCCGGUUUCAUCAUAUGAUCAAGUUCGCGAAGUUGUCAAGAAUGAACUUGGAGGGGCUCCAGAUGAAAUUUUUGCCGAAUUUGAUCCUGUGCCCAUUGCAAGUGCUUCUCUGGCGCAGGUUCACAUUGCCCGCACUCGUGAGGGAGAAAAAGUUGCUGUAAAGGUUCAGCAUACUCACAUGACAGAUACUGCAGCUGCAGAUUAUGCAACUGUGGAGUUAAUUGUAAACACAUUGCAUCGGCUCUUUCCUUCUUUUGAUUACAGGUGGUUGAUUGAUGAAAUACGAGAAAGUAUACCCAAGGAGUUAAAUUUCUUGUUUGAGGCCAAGAACAGCGUAAAAUGUAUGGAUAACUUUCGGAGGUUCUCUCCUCAUAUUGCAGAGUAUGUUUAUGCCCCAAAGGUACAUUGGAACUUGAGUACAUCAAAAUUGUUGGUGAUGGAAUUUAUCGAUGGCGCACAAGUAAACGACUUAAAGACCAUUCAGAAGCUUGGAAUUCAGCCUAAUGACGUUGCAAAAUUAUUAAGUCAAGCGUUUGCUGAAAUGAUGUUUAAACAUGGUUUUGUACAUUGUGAUCCACAUGCUGCCAAUGUGCUAGUUCGCCCAUUACCGUCUGGCCACAGGGGGAUUUUUGGAAAGAAAAAACCACAAUUGAUACUGCUAGACCAUGGUCUAUACAAAGAUCUUGACGUUUCGACCAGAAUCAGCUAUGCAUCAUUGUGGAAGGGAUUGAUAUUUUCAGAUGCCAAUGCAAUUAAGGAAAAUAGUGUGAAGUUAGGUGCUGGAGAGGAUCUUUAUGCAUUAUUUGCAGGAAUUCUUACAAUGAGACCGUGGAACAAAGUUAUUGAUCCUUCUGUUGAUCAUCUAGUUGUCCAAGGCACCGACAGUGAUCGUUCAGAACUCCAGAUGUAUGCUUCACAAUAUUUUUCUCAAAUCACAGAGCUUCUGAGGAGACUCCCUCGUGUUAUUCUUCUAAUGCUCAAAACAAAUGAUUGCUUGCGUACAGUUAAUCAGUCACUGAUGCAAGGAUCUUCUCAUGAGACAUUUUUGAUUGUUGGAAGAGUCUCUUCUGAGGCUGUUGUCGAGUCAAAAUUGUUGCAGAACAAGUCUUUUCUAUCUCAUUUACUUAUUUAUUAUACAAAAAAACUUGCUGUUUUUUUAAGUGUUACUCUGUUUGGACUCAUGCCAAUUCCGGGAAAUGAAGAGCAUGGGGUACUUCCACAGCAGCAACAGCAGCAGGAGUCUAGUAAUUCUUCUGCAACUAUUCCUAUUAAAAAGAGGAAAUUUCCAAUAAUUCGGUCUCCUUCUCCGUCCCCUGAAGAACGACUGUCCGCAUCCUUGGACAAUGAUGCAAAUAAUAUAGAAGACUUCAAAAGCUCAGGUAAAGUGCCAUCCCUGGAUGCUGCUAUUGAUAUGUGUUCAUCUGGUAAAUCUGAUAUGAGCAAGAAAUCUGUUUUAACUGCAAAUGAUGCGAGUCCUUCUGGUAAAUCUGAUAUGAGCAAGAAUUCCGUUUUAGAAGCGAAGAAAGAAAAAGCGACUGAUACAAAUGUCCACUUGCUGCAAAACAAUUUGGACAUUUCUGCUUCCAAGCCUCAAGAGACUGAACGUUGUGAUAGUUUAGGUUCUACGGAUGGGGUAGUGAGUAAAGUGAAUCUCCUUUCGAAUGAGAAAUCUGCAGGAUCAGGAGUUCUAGGAAACAAUAUGGGUGCUAUUGUAGUGAAUGUGAAGAAGGAAAUUGACAGCCCACAAGUUGAAGGUGAUUGUAAACCUAAUUUUUCUACUGGUUCAGGAAAUGUGGAGUUUUUAGUGGAGCCAAAGGAACCACUUGUUCCUGCUUUGGAACCCAAAAAUAGUGAAACGAAUCACCAAAAAUUUGAUAAGUUAGAUUCUUCGUUGUUGAAUUUGUCUUUGUACAGAGACCCGCUCGUUACCCGUGAAAUUAGUGGUGAUGGCUCAAAUAACGUUAGCAGUCAUGUAUAUGCUAAUAAUAGGUCAAACUGGGAUCUAAAUACUUCGAUGGAUGCAUGGGAGCCUUCUGUCGAAAACAAUGCACUUCUUCACAAUUCUAUUGGUAAUGGCAAGUUCAAUAAUAACCGUAGUGGGCAUGAUUUGAAACAUUCUUCACGUGCGGUGGGUACAACUGAUUUCAGUUUGAAUAAAGGGAAACAUGUUUCGCAUGAGCGUAGUUCAAGUUUUCCUAUUUCAUCUGUACGGCCUAGGCAUGAACAUAAGCCUGAGGAUUCCCUUUGUCUUAGUCUUGGUAUACCAUACAGGGAGUUGAACUCCAGUAGGGAUCAUUCUUCUUUAUCAGAUAAAGUAGACUCUGUCAGGGUUGACUCAAACUCAAAGCUGCAAACAGGGCAGCUAUCAACAAGAAACAUGAAUUCUGUUAGUUGUAGAGCUGUGAAAUUGGAAACCGUUGACGAGAAUCUGGAAUGUAGUUGUACCGGUGGUGCUAGCAGUACAAUGGAAAUGUCGAGGCUUAGUUUGAUGAAAAGGGAACUUAUUGAGAGUUGUAGCUCAGAAACAGUAGUACCGUCAUCUAGUAACACACAGAAAGUAGUUGACACAAGACCAAUAAAAUCUGAACUGUUUCAGGUGUAUAACAAGGAAAUAAGCAAACCUGCAGAUUCUAUUCUACCCCAAGAGAGCUGUGCAUCUUCAUCUUUUCUAUCUAUGCCUUUGACCCCUCUUAACUCGUGUCCCUCCAGGUUGCCAACCUUUUCAGAUUCAACCGCAAGUGAGGGUUUAUCAUAUCAAUCUGAACAUUCUUUCCAUACUAAACACUUUUGUAACAAAAAGGAUAUACCAGAUGAGCCGAUUGAUGCUGUGAUCCCUAAACCUGUAAGCCAGAAAGGCGAAGAAACAAGCUUGCACUGUGAGAAUGUAGAGAAUUUGAUUGCUGAAGAUCCUGAAAGGUGCAAACUGAAUUGGGUUGACGAGCAUCCUAGGGAAUUGCGUGGAAACAGUGAGGUAUCUGCCAGUGAUGAGGAAAACACAAACUUACCUACCGAUAUGCCUGGAGCUGAUGCUUCUGGAACUAAUGGAAUUCAUGCUUUUACCAAUCACAAGGGUAUUGAGAAAAGGCGACCUGACAAAGAAGAUGAAGAUUAUGAAGAUGGCGAACUUCGAGAAUCGCUAAUGCAUCCAACAGUAGAAGAUCCAAAUGUUGACAAACAGGAAGAAAAUGUUAAACUUGUUGAGUGCGAUACAAGAAAUAUGGAGUCUUGUGUUUUUUCUUCUGAUAAAAAUUGCAACAUAUCUGAUUUUGAUGGAAAAGCCACUGUAUUGGAUAAUAAUGAUAAGACGAGUAGCGACCAAAUUAAGGAAUGCAUCGAUAUGGGUCCCAAUGAGCGUGAUGGUGAAGAUGGUGCUCUGCAAAAAUCAUCACUGGACGAAGUUACUGAAGUUGGACUUGACAUAAAGAGCUCUAAUUUUGUAUCUCCAGAGAAACAAGUUAAUCUUUCGGGAGGAGAUCAUGUUGAAGAGGGUGAUAAAAAGGAAGCCCUUGGUGAAGGGGCAAUUAAUGAGAGCCAUGGGAUGGAGGCGACACUAGGUGAGAAAGCCACCAGUGAGAGAAUUAAAGAAAUCUCUCUAGGAGAGAAUGAUUCAACUCUGCCCAAGGCUGAAGCAUCUGUAGAUAAUAGUAGUAAUAAUAACAAUGCUGCUAUUUCUUCCAACAAUGCAAGCAACAAGAGCCGCAUCAUAAAUUUACCUCGUAAGUCUGUUGCUGCAUCCCCCUGUAAAACAGUGUCUAUUCCGGGUAGGUUGUCUUCACGAAGUGGAAAAGAAAGAUGCUCUGAUCUGGAGGGGGAGAUACAACGUGGGAAUAGAGGUGAAAUUUAUACUGAUGGUCCAAAAAAAUUUGUGAAAGAUUGGAGUCAACACCAGUCAUUUAGAAAUUCAAGAUCGAGUUUCAUAGCUCGAAGAGGAAGGUUAUCUGGCAGGUUUGGCCGGUUACACAAUGAGUGGGACUCUAACCAUGAGUUUGCAUCAGAAAGUUACAAUGUCAAAGCUGAUUAUCAGGAUUCUAGACGUAAGCACGCUUCUUCAAUUGCUGACAUUGAGCUCGAUUAUAAUGGUUAUGGUAUUGCACCGGAUAAUUCUGCUUUGAGUGGUGGUAGAAGGAAGGCCUUGAAUGAUGAAUUGCACCGUCCAUCUGCUAGGAGAAUAUCUCCCAGAGGUAGAGAUGGUCCUACAAUGAGAGGCAUUCCAAUGCUUCGUAGAAUUCCUAGAAAUGUUAGUCCAAGUAGAUUUGCCGAUGAACAUGGUUCAGACAUGGUUGGAUUUCGUCAUAAUGAAAAGUAUAUUCAGGAGUUAUCAGAUGAUAUUAUAGAUCCUGUAUUUACUCGUCCACAAACCAUGUAUGAUGAACUUGAUGAUCAGCUUGUGCGAGGGAACAGGAACUUCUCUACUUUGCAGAGAAAGGACUACUCUCGGGCCCGCUCGAAAUCUCCUAUUAGAUCCCGAACACGGUCACCUGGGCCAUGGCCAUCUCCUUGGAGGAGAUCAUCACCUGAUGGGCAUCCACAAUUACCUCAGCAUAGAUCUCCAACUAUGUAUAGGAUGGGGAGAAUGAGGACUCCUGAUCGUGAUUGUUUUCCUGACGAGGUUGUUGGUAGAAGGCGCGAAUCUCCAACCUUUAUGGCUCAGCCUUCUAAUGACAUAAGGGAUGUGGAUUCUGGACGGGAACAUAUCCUACAUAGGUCUGUUAAUUCGAAUAGAAGAACUCCACCUGGACGGGUAUUUCCCAGAAGCACUAGGAGAGUAAAUGUGUUGGAUCCUAGAGAGAGGGCAGAUGGUGAUGACUAUAUGAGUGGGACAGUACAUUCUAGUAGAUAUCAUGAUGCGAGUGGUGAUGACAGAAGAAAGUUUGGUGAGAGACGGGGAAUGGCUCGUUCUUUUAGGCCUGCUUACAACAGUGAUAAUGAUAAUGUCCAUUUCCAUCAUGUAAAUGAUGGCCCCAGGCCUUUUAGGUUCCGUCCUGAUGGAGAAACGGAUUUCAUGGAGAGAAGCACCAUAAGAGAGAGGGAGUUUGAUGGGCGCAUUAAGCAUCAGCCACUAUUUGUAUCAGGGCGAAUGAGAAAUAUUGAAGAGCAACAGGAUGGGAACCACAGGCCCAGUGGGCAGCAGGUUUGGCAUGAUCAGGGAUUCAGUGAUGUCUCGAGAGUGAAAAGAAGAAGAUUUUAA